GUGAAUGGAGUGCUGUCGCCCAUUGGCCUCCAUGUCCCCCUCGCACGCCCGGCCGCUGAGGUGAUUCCGUUCUCGGGCUUCAAGGAUCAGGCCAGGGGCCGGCGCCAGCCCGCCAUGGAGGCCGCUCUCAAACCCAAGGGGAGGCUGCUGGCCUCCAACGCCUUGGACGCCAAGGACGAGCUGGAAGAGAAGCUGGAAAGAUGUUUAAACGUGAUAUCCCCAAUGGUCAACGGAGUGUCUGAGAGAGAAGCUAAUGACGCAUUGAAUGCUCAUGUCUGUAAGGGUGCACAGCAGCACGAGGAGGUUUGUCUGGGACUUUUAACGCUGAUCCUAACAGAGUCUUCGCAAGCACAAAGAUGUUACCGGGAUCUGAUGUUGGUUAGCAGAGAUGGCAUGAACCUGAUUUUAAUUAAGAUUAACCAGCUCCUCAUGGAAAAAUACCUAAAACUUCAGGACACAGUCAGAAUACAGUUGGUGUGGAUGGUGCGAGAGAUUGUGAAGAAUGCGGUUCUGGGAGCAGAUGGGGUGUGCAUGACAUUAAUGAAACAAAUUGCAGGAGGAGAUGUGACUCCAAAGAAUAUCUGGCUGGCAGAGAGUGUCCUUGAGAUCCUAGUGGAGCAAAGGGACUGGGUGCUGAAGAGCAACAUGCUGAUCGCCAUGAUCAUUUACACGUACCUGCGGCUGAUCGUGGACCACCACGGCACCCCACAGCUUCAGUCGCUCCGACAGAAGGAGGUGGACUUCUGCAUGACGUUACUCCGGGAAAAGUUCAUGGACUGUACAAUGAUUGGCCGGGACCUAGUCCGACUGCUUCAGAAUGUUGCCAGGAUACCAGAAUUUGAGAAGUUAUGGAGAGACAUUCUGCAUAAUCCCCAGGCCCUCAGCCCGCAGUUCACAGGCAUUCUGCAGCUCCUACAGACCCGAACUUCUAGAAAGUUCCUGGCGUGCCGUUUGACACCUGACAUGGAGACCAAGCUGCUCUUCAUGACAUCCCGGGUUCGGUUCGGGCAGCAGAAACGGUACCAGGACUGGUUUCAGCGGCAGUACCUCUCUACGCCUGACAGUCAGUCGCUGCGCUGUGACCUGAUACGUUACAUCUGCGGCGUUGUUCAUCCAUCCAAUGAGGUGCUGAGCUCGGACAUCCUCCCUCGGUGGGCCAUCAUCGGCUGGUUACUAACCACGUGCACUUCCAACGUUGCAGCUUCAAAUGCCAAGCUCGCCUUGUUUUAUGAUUGGUUAUUCUUCAACCCAGAAAAGGACAGCAUCAUGAACAUAGAGCCAGCUAUUCUUGUAAUGCAUCAUUCCAUGAAGCCUCAUCCAGCAAUUACUGCCACUCUGCUAGACUUCAUCUGUCGGAUUAUUCCCCACUUUUACCCACCGUUGGAGUCCCAUGUGAGGCAGGGCGUAUUCAAUUCACUCAAUCACAUCGUGGAAAAGCGAGUCCUGGCGCCCUUGGCACCUCUGUUCGAUAACCCGAAACUGGACAAAGAGCUGCGCGCAAUGAUACGGGAGAAGUUUCCGGAAUUCUGUAGUUCACCCUCGCCGCCAGUGGAAGUUAAAAUUGAAGAAUCUGUUGCCAUUGAUAUGGAUAAUCAUGUAACUGACAAAGAGCGGGAAGAGAAUUGUUAUGACAAUGCGGACGCUGCCUUUAGCGAUGAUGAGGAAGAGCUGAACAAUAAAGGAAAAAAACGUGAAUUUCGAUUUCAUCCCAUAAAGGAAGCCAUAGUUGAGGAGCCUGUUGACAUCACACCCUACUUGGACCAAUUGGACGAGGCGCUGAAGGAAAAAGUGUUACUUAUUCAGAAAGGAAGAGUGGAAGACCAUGACAACUACCACACUGAUACAGAGAUUCAAUGCGAACUUAUGCAGGAAAUUGUGGAUAUGAUAUUGGAGGACGAUUUUGAUACAGAACUCAUGGUGACGCUGGCCUCCUGCCUUGUGGAACUGUUCAAGGGACACUUCAGGGGCGAGGUCCUGCCAGAAGAGAUCACUGAGGAAUCCCUGGAGGAGUCGGUGGGCAAACCGCUUUAUGUUACGUUCAGGAAUUUGUGUCAAAUGCAGGAAGAUAACAGCAGCUUCUCGUUGCUGCUGGAGCUGUUAUCUGAAUUAUACCAGAAGCAGCCCAAGAUUGGUUAUCACCUUCUCUACUAUCUGCGAGCCAGUAAAGCAGCAGCGGGGAAGAUGAGACUGUAUGAGUCCUUUGCCCAAGCCACACAGCUCGGUGAUCUCCACACCUGUCUAAUGAUGGAUAUGAAAGCCUGUCAGGAGGACGACAUCCGGUUGCUCUGCUACCUCACGCCAACUAUCUACACAUCGUUCCCUGAUGAGACUUUGCGAAGUAGCGAACUCCUCAACAUGAUUGUUGCUGUCAUUGACUCUGCACAGCUGCAGGAGCUGGUGUGUCACAUAAUGAUGGGGAACCUGGUUAUGUUUCGCAAGGAUUCAGUUCUCAACAUCCUGAUUCAGAGCCUGGAUUGGGAAACGUUUGAACAAUACUGUACGUGGCAACUUUUCUUGGCUCACAACAUUCCCCUGGAGCUUGUCAUCCCCAUUCUUCAGCACGUCAAGUACAAAGAGCACCCAGAGGCCCUUUCGUGUUUGCUGCUGCAGCUCAGGAGGGAGAAGCCUACCGAGGAGAUGGUGAAGAUGGUGAUGAGUCGCCCUUGCCACACCGAUGACCACUUCACCACCAGCAUCCUGCGCCAGUGGUCCAUGAAACAUGACGACUCCCUGGCCGAGCAGAUCAAAGCCCUCCUCAUCAAAAACAACAGCCUCCCCCGGAAACGGCAGAGUUUGCGGAGUUCCAGCAGCAAGCUAGCACAGCUGACGCUGGAACAAAUCCUGGAGCAUCUGGCCAACCUGCGGAUCUGCCUUCUCCCCACCAAACAGAACUUUUUCACCCAGACGCCGAUCCUCCAGGCACUUCAACACGUACAGGCAAGCUGCGACGAGGCACACAAGAUGAAGUUCAGUGACCUCUUCGCUCUGGCCGACGAUUACGAAGAUUCCUCGAAGCCGUCCCGGAGUCGGCGCAAAACGGCCGCCUCCAGCCCCCGGAGCCGGAAGAACGCCUCACAGCCCAUCGGGAACGACGAGGACUCCUCAUCCAGCAGCGGAUCGGAAGAGGAAGAUGCGAAACCCAAGCCCAAGAGGAAAAGGAAAGGCUCGUCUGCGGUCGGCUCGGACAGCGACUGAGUGCGGGGGGGGUCACUGGCGAGAGACAGAGAAGCGUGCCCACGGCACCUGGCGCUGACCCCACAAGUCUACCCUCGGAAUUUAGGAAGAAGAGAAAAAAAAGCAAACACCUCCC